CCCGUCCAGUACCUCUUUGUCUCUUUAAUGUGAAGGGACCAUUUUAGAAUAGAAUUUGUGAAAAUGAGUUAUUUUAGCUAAUUUCACCUAUAAAAAGAAAAAAAAAAAGAAAAAAAAGACCAAAACAUAAAACAAGGUUCAGUUUUCAGGCACCGAAUGCUGAACUGCUGACUGCUCCUACAGUCUUUAGUCUCAGACGCAGAGUAAGACUGAAUUUAUCAUUUUCUCUCCCUCAGAGAAAUGGCGGCAUCGUUAAGAGAAAUGUCCAAAAGCUUUCUGAGGCACACUUCUCAUCCCAACCCCUAUAUCCCUCCAGCCCACUUUCUCUUCUCCAGGGGAUUUUCUUCCAAGCUUUUGGUCAAAGGUAUAUCGUUCACCUCCACAGAAGAGUCAUUGACUCAAGCAUUUUCGCCAUUCGGCAAAGUUCUUGAUGCUAACAUAGUGAGAAAUAAAGUUACGAACAAGUCAAAAGGUUUUGGAUAUGUGACCUUUGAGACAGAGGAGGAUGCCGAAAAGGCUUUGGUGAACAUGAAUGGGAAGAUGGUGGAUCAACGCGUUGUUUUAGUGGACAAAGCAUGGCCAGACAACAGGAAGGCCAAAAAUGUAGGUUGAGAGAAGCUACAUUGUGCCUGUGAUAGUUUUAGGACAUACUCUCUGAAUGAGUUGGAAUGGCUGGAAAUGUUCUAAGAGACCUUGAGGUGCAAUUUCUGGUCACGCAAUAAUUUUUAGUUCUCUUGAGAUAUCACAAACUUAUGGCAGUAUUUGUACCAUUCAGAGGCGGAAACCCACUUCAAACCUUCUUUUUUCCCCUUUUGUAUUUUUCAUAGAUAAGCUAUUGUAUUUUACAAAA